AUGGUGGAAAGUUGGCAAUGGAAAAGAGCAUGUGAUGUGUGCAUGGCAGGCAGCGAUGCAAGCAGUAGAAGGGCCAGGGGAGGAGAGGUGGCUGCUGGGAUGAUGCACGGCAAUGCGAUUGGAAAGACCCAUCACCUCAACCCAUCUCACACUCCCAUCACCUCAUCCCAUCUCACACUCCCAUCACCCCAUCCCAUCUCACACUCCCAUCACCCCAUCCCAUCUCACACUCCCAUCACCUCAUCCCCUCUCACACUCCCAUCACCUCAUCCCAUCUCACACUCCCAUCACCUCAACCCAUCUCACACUCCCAUCACCUCAUCCCAUCUCACACUCCCAUCACCCCAUCCCAUCUCACACUCCCAUCACCCCAUCCCAUCUCACACUCCCAUCACCUCAUCCCCUCUCACACUCCCAUCACCUCAUCCCAUCUCACACUCCCAUCACCUCAACCCAUCUCACACUCCCAUCACCUCAUCCCAUCUCACACUCCCAUCACCCCAUCCCAUCUCACACUCCCAUCACCCCAUCCCAUCUCACACUCCCAUCACCUCAUCCCCUCUCACACUCCCAUCACCUCAUCCCAUCUCACACUCCCAUCACCUCAACCCAUCUCACACUCCCAUCACCUCAUCCCAUCUCACACUACCAUCACCCCAUCCCAUCUCACACUCCCAUCACCCCAUCCCAUCUCACACUCCCAUCACCUCAUCCCCUCUCACACUCCCAUCACCUCAUCCCAUCUCACACUCCCAUCACCUCAACCCAUCUCACACUCCCAUCACCUCAUCCCAUCUCACACUCCCAUCACCCCAUCCCAUCUCACACUCCCAUCACCCCAUCCCAUCUCACACUCCCAUCACCUCAUCCCCUCUCACACUCCCAUCACCUCAUCCCAUCUCACACUCCCAUCACCUCAUCCCAUCUCACACUCCCAUCACCCCAUCCCAUCUCACACUCCCAUCACCCCAUCCCAUCUCACACUCCCAUCACCUCAUCCCCUCUCACACUCCCAUCACCUCAUCCCAUCUCACACUCCCAUCACCUCAUCCCAUCUCACACUCCCAUCACCUCAUCCCAUCUCACACUCCCAUCACCCCAUCCCAUCUCACACUCCCAUCACCUCAUCCCCUCUCACACUCCCAUCACCUCAUCCCAUCUCACACUCCCAUCACCUCAACCCAUCUCACACUCCCAUCACCUCAUCCCAUCUCACACUCCCAUCACCCCAUCCCAUCUCACACUCCCAUCACCCCAUCCCAUCUCACACUCCCAUCACCUCAUCCCCUCUCACACUCCCAUCACCUCAUCCCAUCUCACACUCCCAUCACCUCAACCCAUCUCACACUCCCAUCACCUCAUCCCAUCUCACACUCCCAUCACCCCAUCCCAUCUCACACUCCCAUCACCCCAUCCCAUCUCACACUCCCAUCACCUCAUCCCCUCUCACACUCCCAUCACCUCAUCCCAUCUCACACUCCCAUCACCUCAACCCAUCUCACACUCCCAUCACCUCAUCCCAUCUCACACUCCCAUCACCCCAUCCCAUCUCACACUCCCAUCACCCCAUCCCAUCUCACACUCCCAUCACCUCAUCCCCUCUCACACUCCCAUCACCUCAUCCCAUCUCACACUCCCAUCACCUCAACCCAUCUCACACUCCCCUCACCUCAUCCCAUCUCACACUCCCAUCACCCCAUCCCAUCUCACACUCCCAUCACCCCAUCCCAUCUCACACUCCCAUCACCUCAUCCCCUCUCACACUCCCAUCACCUCAUCCCAUCUCACACUCCCAUCACCUCAACCCAUCUCACACUCCCAUCACCUCAUCCCAUCUCACACUCCCAUCACCCCAUCCCAUCUCACACUCCCAUCACCCCAUCCCAUCUCACACUCCCAUCACCUCAUCCCCUCUCACACUCCCAUCACCUCAUCCCAUCUCACACUCCCAUCACCUCAUCCCAUCUCACACUCCCAUCACCUCAUCCCAUCUCACACUCCCAUCACCCCAUCCCAUCUCACACUCCCAUCACCUCAUCCCCUCUCACACUCCCAUCACCUCAUCCCAUCUCACACUUCCAUCACCUCAACCCAUCUCACACUCCCAUCACCUCAUCCCAUCUCACACUCCCAUCACCCCAUCCCAUCUCACACUCCCAUCACCCCAUCCCAUCUCACACUCCCAUCACCUCAUCCCCUCUCACACUCCCAUCACCUCAUCCCAUCUCACACUCCCAUCACCUCAUCCCAUCUCACACUCCCAUCACCUCAUCCCAUCUCACACUCCCAUCACCCCAUCCCAUCUCACACUCCCAUCACCCCAUCCCAUCUCACACUCCCAUCACCUCAUCCCCUCUCACACUCCCAUCACCUCAUCCCAUCUCACACUCCCAUCACCUCAACCCAUCUCACACUCCCCUCACCUCAUCCCAUCUCACACUCCCAUCACCUCAUCCCCUCUCACACUCCCAUCACCUCAACCCAUCUCACACUCCCAUCACCUCAUCCCAUCUCACACUCCCAUCACCUCAACCCAUCUCACACUCCCAUCACCUCAUCCCAUCUCACACUCCCAUCACCUCACCCCAUCUCACACUCCCAUCACCUCAUCCCAUCUCACACUCCCAUCACCUCAUCCCAUCUCACACUCCCAUCACCUCCUCCCAUCUCACACUCCCAUCACCUCAUCCCAUCUCACACUCCCAUCACCUCAUCCCAUCUCACACUCCCAUCACCCCAUCCCAUCUCACACUCCCAUCACCCCAUCCCAUCUCACACUCCCAUCACCUCAUCCCCUCUCACACUCCCAUCACCUCAUCCCAUCUCACACUCCCAUCACCUCAUCCCAUCUCACACUCCCAUCACCUCAUCCCAUCUCACACUCCCAUCACCUCAUCCCAUCUCACACUCCCAUCACCUCACCCCAUCUCACACUCCCAUCACCUCAUCCCAUCUCACACUCCCAUCACCUCAUCCCAUCUCACACUCCCAUCACCUCACCCCAUCUCACACUCCCAUCACCUCAACCCAUCUCACACUCCCAUCACCUCAUCCCAUCUCACACUCCCAUCACCUCAACCCAUCUCACACUCCCAUCACCUCAUCCCAUCUCACACUCCCAUCACCUCAACCCAUCUCACACUCCCAUCACCUCAUCCCAUCUCACACUCCCAUCACCUCACCCCAUCUCACACUCCCAUCACCUCAUCCCAUCUCACACUCCCAUCACCUCAUCCCAUCUCACACUCCCAUCACCUCCUCCCAUCUCACACUCCCAUCACCUCAUCCCAUCUCACACUCCCAUCACCUCAUCCCAUCUCACACUCCCAUCACCCCAUCCCAUCUCACACUCCCAUCACCCCAUCCCAUCUCACACUCCCAUCACCUCAUCCCCUCUCACACUCCCAUCACCUCAUCCCAUCUCACACUCCCAUCACCUCAUCCCAUCUCACACUCCCAUCACCUCAUCCCAUCUCACACUCCCAUCACCUCAUCCCAUCUCACACUCCCAUCACCUCACCCCAUCUCACACUCCCAUCACCUCAUCCCAUCUCACACUCCCAUCACCUCACCCCAUCUCACACUCCCAUCACCUCAACCCAUCUCACACUCCCAUCACCUCAUCCCAUCUCACACUCCCAUCACCUCACCCCAUCUCACACUCCCAUCACCUCAUCUCAUCUCACACUCCCAUCACCCCAUCCCAUCUCACACUCCCAUCACCUCAACCCAUCUCACACUCCCAUCACCUCAUCCCAUCUCACACUCCCAUCACCCCAUCCCAUCUCACACUCCCAUCACCCCAUCCCAUCUCACACUCCCAUCACCUCAUCCCCUCUCACACUCCCAUCACCUCAACCCAUCUCACACUCCCAUCACCUCAUCCCAUCUCACACUCCCAUCACCUCAACCCAUCUCACACUCCCAUCACCUCAUCCCAUCUCACACUCCCAUCACCUCACCCCAUCUCACACUCCCAUCACCUCAUCCCAUCUCACACUCCCAUCACCUCAUCCCAUCUCACACUCGCAUCACCUCCUCCCAUCUCACACUCCCAUCACCUCAUCCCAUCUCACACUCCCAUCACCUCAUCCCAUCUCACACUCCCAUCACCCCAUCCCAUCUCACACUCCCAUCACCCCAUCCCAUCUCACACUCCCAUCACCUCAUCCCCUCUCACACUCCCAUCACCUCAUCCCAUCUCACACUCCCAUCACCUCAUCCCAUCUCACACUCCCAUCACCUCAUCCCAUCUCACACUCCCAUCACCUCAUCCCAUCUCACACUCCCAUCACCUCACCCCAUCUCACACUCCCAUCACCUCAUCCCAUCUCACACUCCCAUCACCUCAUCCCAUCUCACACUCCCAUCACCUCACCCCAUCUCACACUCCCAUCACCUCAACCCAUCUCACACUCCCAUCACCUCAUCCCAUCUCACACUCCCAUCACCUCAACCCAUCUCACACUCCCAUCACCUCAUCCCAUCUCACACUCCCAUCACCUCAACCCAUCUCACACUCCCAUCACCUCAUCCCAUCUCACACUCCCAUCACCUCACCCCAUCUCACACUCCCAUCACCUCAUCCCAUCUCACACUCCCAUCACCCCAUCCCAUCUCACACUCCCAUCACCUCAUCCCCUCUCACACUCCCAUCACCUCAUCCCAUCUCACACUCCCAUCACCUCAUCCCAUCUCACACUCCCAUCACCUCAUCCCAUCUCACACUCCCAUCACCUCAUCCCAUCUCACACUCCCAUCACCUCACCCCAUCUCACACUCCCAUCACCUCAUCCCAUCUCACACUCCCAUCACCUCAUCCCAUCUCACACUCCCAUCACCUCACCCCAUCUCACACUCCCAUCACCUCAACCCAUCUCACACUCCCAUCACCUCAUCCCAUCUCACACUCCCAUCACCUCAACCCAUCUCACACUCCCAUCACCUCAUCCCAUCUCACACUCCCAUCACCUCAACCCAUCUCACACUCCCAUCACCUCAUCCCAUCUCACACUCCCAUCACCUCACCCCAUCUCACACUCCCAUCACCUCAUCCCAUCUCACACUCCCAUCACCUCAUCCCAUCUCACACUCCCAUCACCUCCUCCCAUCUCACACUCCCAUCACCUCAUCCCAUCUCACACUCCCAUCACCUCAUCCCAUCUCACACUCCCAUCACCCCAUCCCAUCUCACACUCCCAUCACCCCAUCCCAUCUCACACUCCCAUCACCUCAUCCCCUCUCACACUCCCAUCACCUCAUCCCAUCUCACACUCCCAUCACCUCAUCCCAUCUCACACUCCCAUCACCUCAUCCCAUCUCACACUCCCAUCACCUCAUCCCAUCUCACACUCCCAUCACCUCACCCCAUCUCACACUCCCAUCACCUCAUCCCAUCUCACACUCCCAUCACCUCAUCCCAUCUCACACUCCCAUCACCUCCUCCCAUCUCACACUCCCAUCACCUCAACCCAUCUCACACUCCCAUCACCUCAUCCCAUCUCACACUCCCAUCACCUCACCCCAUCUCACACUCCCAUCACCUCAUCCCAUCUCACACUCCCAUCACCUCAUCCCAUCUCACACUCCCAUCACCUCCUCCCAUCUCACACUCCCAUCACCUCAUCCCAUCUCACACUCCCAUCACCUCAUCCCAUCUCACACUCCCAUCACCCCAUCCCAUCUCACACUCCCAUCACCCCAUCCCAUCUCACACUCCCAUCACCUCAUCCCCUCUCACACUCCCAUCACCUCAUCCCAUCUCACACUCCCAUCACCUCAUCCCAUCUCACACUCCCAUCACCUCAUCCCAUCUCACACUCCCAUCACCUCAUCCCAUCUCACACUCCCAUCACCUCACCCCAUCUCACACUCCCAUCACCUCAUCCCAUCUCACACUCCCAUCACCUCAUCCCAUCUCACACUCCCAUCACCUCCUCCCAUCUCACACUCCCAUCACCUCAUCCCAUCUCACACUCCCAUCACCUCAUCCCAUCUCACACUCCCAUCACCCCAUCCCAUCUCACACUCCCAUCACCCCAUCCCAUCUCACACUCCCAUCACCUCAUCCCCUCUCACACUCCCAUCACCUCAUCCCAUCUCACACUCCCAUCACCUCAUCCCAUCUCACACUCCCAUCACCUCAUCCCAUCUCACACUCCCAUCACCUCAUCCCAUCUCACACUCCCAUCACCUCACCCCAUCUCACACUCCCAUCACCUCAUCCCAUCUCACACUCCCAUCACCUCACCCCAUCUCACACUCCCAUCACCUCAACCCAUCUCACACUCCCAUCACCUCAUCCCAUCUCACACUCCCAUCACCUCACCCCAUCUCACACUCCCAUCACCUCAUCUCAUCUCACACUCCCAUCACCCCAUCCCAUCUCACACUCCCAUCACCUCAACCCAUCUCACACUCCCAUCACCUCAUCCCAUCUCACACUCCCAUCACCCCAUCCCAUCUCACACUCCCAUCACCCCAUCCCAUCUCACACUCCCAUCACCUCAUCCCCUCUCACACUCCCAUCACCUCAACCCAUCUCACACUCCCAUCACCUCAUCCCAUCUCACACUCCCAUCACCUCAUCCCAUCUCACACUCCCAUCACCUCAUCCCAUCUCACACUCCCAUCACCUCAUCCCAUCUCACACUCCCAUCACCUCACCCCAUCUCACACUCCCAUCACCUCAUCCCAUCUCACACUCCCAUCACCUCACCCCAUCUCACACUCCCAUCACCUCAACCCAUCUCACACUCCCAUCACCUCAUCCCAUCUCACACUCCCAUCACCUCACCCCAUCUCACACUCCCAUCACCUCAUCUCAUCUCACACUCCCAUCACCCCAUCCCAUCUCACACUCCCAUCACCUCAACCCAUCUCACACUCCCAUCACCUCAUCCCAUCUCACACUCCCAUCACCCCAUCCCAUCUCACACUCCCAUCACCCCAUCCCAUCUCACACUCCCAUCACCUCAUCCCCUCUCACACUCCCAUCACCUCAACCCAUCUCACACUCCCAUCACCUCAUCCCAUCUCACACUCCCAUCACCUCAACCCAUCUCACACUCCCAUCACCUCAUCCCAUCUCACACUCCCAUCACCUCACCCCAUCUCACACUCCCAUCACCUCAUCCCAUCUCACACUCCCAUCACCUCAUCCCAUCUCACACUCCCAUCACCUCCUCCCAUCUCACACUCCCAUCACCUCAUCCCAUCUCACACUCCCAUCACCUCAUCCCAUCUCACACUCCCAUCACCCCAUCCCAUCUCACACUCCCAUCACCCCAUCCCAUCUCACACUCCCAUCACCUCAUCCCCUCUCACACUCCCAUCACCUCAUCCCAUCUCACACUCCCAUCACCUCAUCCCAUCUCACACUCCCAUCACCUCAUCCCAUCUCACACUCCCAUCACCUCAUCCCAUCUCACACUCCCAUCACCUCACCCCAUCUCACACUCCCAUCACCUCAUCCCAUCUCACACUCCCAUCACCUCAUCCCAUCUCACACUCCCAUCACCUCACCCCAUCUCACACUCCCAUCACCUCAACCCAUCUCACACUCCCAUCACCUCAUCCCAUCUCACACUCCCAUCACCUCAACCCAUCUCACACUCCCAUCACCUCAUCCCAUCUCACACUCCCAUCACCUCAACCCAUCUCACACUCCCAUCACCUCAUCCCAUCUCACACUCCCAUCACCUCACCCCAUCUCACACUCCCAUCACCUCAUCCCAUCUCACACUCCCAUCACCUCAUCCCAUCUCACACUCCCAUCACCUCCUCCCAUCUCACACUCCCAUCACCUCAUCCCAUCUCACACUCCCAUCACCUCAUCCCAUCUCACACUCCCAUCAUCCCAUCCCAUCUCACACUCCCAUCACCCCAUCCCAUCUCACACUCCCAUCACCUCAUCCCCUCUCACACUCCCAUCACCUCAUCCCAUCUCACACUCCCAUCACCUCAUCCCAUCUCACACUCCCAUCACCUCAUCCCAUCUCACACUCCCAUCACCUCAUCCCAUCUCACACUCCCAUCACCUCACCCCAUCUCACACUCCCAUCACCUCAUCCCAUCUCACACUCCCAUCACCUCACCCCAUCUCACACUCCCAUCACCUCAACCCAUCUCACACUCCCAUCACCUCAUCCCAUCUCACACUCCCAUCACCUCACCCCAUCUCACACUCCCAUCACCUCAUCCCAUCUCACACUCCCAUCACCUCACCCCAUCUCACACUCCCAUCACCUCAUCCCAUCUCACACUCCCAUCACCUCAUCGCAUCUCACACCCCCAUCACCUCAUCCCGUCUCACACUCCCAUCACCUCAUCCCAUCUCACACUCCCAUCACCUCAUCCCACCCCAAAUCAUCCCUGACUGCAUGA